AUGUCGGGCGGCGGCGGCGCGGGGCUGAUGUCGUGCGUGCGUGAGGGCUCGCUGGAGCCGCCUUACCGACCGCCGCACGCCGACAACCACACACAUGGCGAAGGUCGCACUGGUCGGUUUCUGCGCGGCUUGCGCCGUAUGUUCAAGCGGCGACGCGUGGACAGCUCUCCGGACCCUAAAAGCAGUUCUACCAGCGAACUACUUGAUGCUGAACGGCAGACCAGGAGAAAAGAGGGCAUCUACAGCAGUGGUCUGUCAGUGUCUCACGACUCCGUGUUCACUGGCGAGCGAUCUGGCGACGAAUCGAGCGACGAAAGACCGACUCCUGCGCAUCCUUUGGCCGUUGCCACCUCACACAGGGCGGAGCUAGUAGCAGCAGUUCGUCGGCGCGGAAGAGGUGACAGCGAUGACGAUGAGGACCUGGGUCUACCGCGGAGUCCGCCCGCAUCACCACCAACUGAUAAGGCUGACAAGGUAGGUUUAUAUAUAUGGUCCAAAAUGGAGAUUAAAAAAAAACAGUCCGACGUCAAUGAUAGCCAGUUCCUUAGCUAUUUUUCUAUCUCUAGCUAA